AUAGUUUUUUUUGCUUUUGCUGCUUCUUUUUGUCUCCCGUCCCGUGGAUUUUUCUCCAAGGGGAUUUCCAAUUCGCAAAAUAUAGAAACCCAAAUAAGAUUACCGAUCGCGCGUUCGUAGAGAUCUCGGCGUUCCGUGCGUGCAAGUGCAACAGCAUAAAAUAAAACAGGUAGCGCAGUACAAAAGUCUACUCCGCUCCACCUCCUCCCAAAGAUCUGCGGAUCGCAGGAACCAAGAAUUGUGGUGCUGGUGCAGGGCCAGGUGCCCGCCCCCACGCGUUCGGAGUGCAAGAGGAGGCGUCGCGUCGCCCGGAUUAUGUCAUUUGUUUACGGGCAACUGCCGCAGGCAGAGAAGCGCUUUUGAAUGUUGCAUCCGAAAGAGGCAGCGAAAACCUGUAAAAAUGUAGACUGUGUGUGUGCGUUAGUGUUAGUAUUAGUGUUAGUGUAGCGGACCAGUGUUGGUGAGAGUGAGUGUGAGUGGCGCGGAUAAUGGACGUUUAGUCGUCGUAUAAAAAUACGCGUAGAUAUAGGAGAUAUACACACAUACUUGUAUAUAUGCGGACAGGCACGCCGCCGUAUCUGCUCCGCAGCACGUCGUUCGAGAGCCCGCGCGCCUCCCCGAUGCGGUUGCUCCCCUCCAGAGUCAGCUCUAGCAUCGUCUCCGCCCCCGCCCUCGAUUAGAGCCAAUGGCCACGUUCAAUGCAAGCGCCAGCAGCAGUGCCGCCGAUGUCCUGAGCUCCACCUUGUCCGCCACCUCGGCCACGGCCACGGCCACGUUCCUGGUGCCCACAACGGCCACGCAGGCAGGAGCCAUUGCAGUACAGCAGCCAGCGCCCCAUCCGCCGCACCUGCAGCUGGACCAAUUCGGGGGCUACGCUGCGGGAGCACCGCUGCAUCACCAUCAUCAGCAGACCAACUCGUCGUACACCUUCGUGCAGAUCAAGCGGGAGCCCUGUCAGGUGUCUGAGAUUAGCUCCAACAACUGCCAUCAACAGCAGCAGCAGGCGCAUCAUCAACACCAGCAGCAGCACCACCACCACCAACUCCAGGGACUGGGCAGCGUGUCCUCGUCCUCGGUCACCGCCUCGGCCACUUCCAAGACCAUGUCUUCGUCCACGCUCACCACGCUGGUCAAGAUCGAGGCCCCCUCGCCGAAGGUGUCUGACCUGGAGAAGUCCACAAGUAAUUCCGUGCCCAUUGGAAUAGCGGUGGCCAGGAAGCGGCCGCAGGAAACAUUGGUGCCCUCUCUGAGCACCCCGGCAGCGUUGCCGCUGCAGCAAUCACUCAGCAAGGACAUGAACUGCUUCGGCAUACGCGUCGCUGACCUCGGCGCCACCAGUUGCGGCAAUUUGUACUUCACGGGCAACGGCGACCUGAUGACCACUGGCACCGCCACCGCCGAGGAGCUGGCCUUAAGUGCGGCGGGCGUGAACCGAGCACCGUCCACCUUCUGGCAGUAUCCAAAUGCAUUACCCAUUGAAUCAGUGAUUUCCAUGUCGCCCGCCACGGUGGGCCUGCAGUACUCGCGGGAGGCCAGCCGCGGACAGGUGGUGCUGCUGCCGGCCGCCCCAACAGCGCUCGCAGGCAUAUCAAAUUUUCCCCUCUUAACGCCCACAGAUCCGUUCCAACAGGCAGCGGCUGCGGCGGCCUUCGUCUGGCCAUCGGCCUACAUCCCCCAGGCGCCAGCUCCUGGCGGCCCCACUGCCGCCGCUGCCGCUGCAGCUGCCGCAGCUGCCUCGCUCCAGCCGUCGCCCAACCUGACCAACUUGCCCAACUUCAUAUUCCCCUCGAUGGGCAGCCACCAGGCACUGGGCAAUACGCCCUCGUAUGCCUCCACCCUGCAGCUGUAUCUGGCCGCCGCAGCCACCGCCACGGGGAGCUCGACGAUGUGCCAGCACAGCAAUCAGCAGACCAGCACCACCACCACGAACUCCACCAUCAAUCUGAGCCUAGCGUCAGGAGCGGGUGUCACGAACAGCUCAAAUGCGGCCAGUAGCCUCAGCUCAAGCAGCAGCCUCAGUGCGAGCAGCUCCAGGUUCCUUAGCCUGGCAACGGGUCAACCUGGUCCCAUGGGAUCGCUGCUGCUGCCUCCAACGGGCAUGAAGCUAGAAGACUAUCAGUCGCAGCCGUUGCCACUGUCGUUGCCUCCGUUAGUGCCGCUGGAGGCGACGCGCGACAAGGAGCAGGCCCUGAACCUGAUGCGUCUGCCCACGCCACCCACAUCGGCCACAAUGGAGCCGUCUACCCUCGGCCAUGCAACGCCGCAUCAGCUCUUCCAGUCGGUACCUAUUACGACGUCCACUCCGGCCUUGUUAAAUCUAUCAAUGCACGGCUCGGGGGGACAGCUUCCCGUUGCGACGCCCCUGCCUGCGGUUUGCGAUGAGGCGGCGCUGAACUACAAGCUUCAUGCUCCGCUGACGCCGCAGACCCCGCCCCGCAUCGCGGAGAUUUCCGCACCAGGAAGUACUCCCCUUCUGCCGCAGAUGCAGGACGUCAACAUCCAGACGGACACGCCUGUGUGCAGCGAGGAUGAGAGCUUUCCGGGUCCACCGAAGCCGCAGGAGUCCGUAGCGGAGGCCAACCCGACAGCCGCCACCCUUAUCCAGCCGCUGGAACUGACCAAACCCAGUGAAGCCAGCCAUACCCAGCCGAACGAGUGCCAUACCCAGACCGAACCCAGUGACAUACUACCCAGUGCCAGCCAGGCGGAGUCAGCGGAGCAGACUUCCCCGGAACCUAUAGAAAUGUCGUCACAGGCCACGCAGGCUGCCCAGACAGCGCCCGAAGACCUUACCGGUCUCGAGCUGCUCUCCAACAUCAGCACCAACAGUACACCGCUGGUGCGGAUCAAACAGGAGCCAGUUGAACAUGUUGAGCCGCCACAGCCGCAACUGGUUGAAGUUGCGUCGGAAGAGCCACCGCUGACUAUGCAGCAAAUAGAGCCAGCGCCCACGCCGGAACCGCUUGGAGGCCUUAAGCUGUUGUGCGCUCUCGCCGAACAGCGAAUCCAAGAGGAGGAGGAGGUGCAGGGUAGUAGUCUCUUCGCUAGGCCCUCCUCGCGUACGCCCACACCAACGCCACAAGCUCCUGCGACACCACCCCCGGCUCUGGAUUCUAGGCCUUGUUUCGGCUUUGUCCCACCGCAGGGACCAGUCUUCCCCUCCUCAACCUCCUCCUUUCAGAUGCCAUUGAGUUCGCCAGGGUUCCCCUCGAUGCAGGGCAUCGAGCUGCCCUCCACUUCGGUGGCAGCCGCUACCGAGUUGUCACCGGUGAAGCGCAAGAAGCACAAACAUUCCAAGUCCUCGGGCAGUGACAGUCGCAAGUCGGCGCGCUGCAGCAAGAAGAGCAAAAAGAAGCGCAGACAUAGCAGCAGCAGGCAGCAGCAGCCAACGACGGCAGGUUCGGCGGAGGAGGAGGUUAACCUGCAGGACGAGCAGUUGCAGUCGGAGCUGCGCAGCGCCCUGCAUGCCAUGGAUCCCAGUUACGCGCAGCGCUUCGGCCAGGAGGUGUUUAGCAUCAUGGAUAAUAGUAUGCGGAUGCGGCUGGCUGACAUUACGAGGCAGUAUCGCAAGAAGAAGCGGAAGCUCGACGAGAUAUCCAAGCACAAGAAGAAGAAGAAGUGCUCCAAGCAGCAGCCGUUAAUCCAGCCUGCGGUUCAGCCAGCACCCACACUACAGCAGCCACAAAUGACGCUGUCUAGUGUCCUGGGGACCUCGUCUCCUUUACGCGACUACAAGUUCCCAAAGUUCUCGAGCAACAACCUUCAGACGUCCAGCUUCCUUCGAUUCCCGGAGAAGACGCACUCCUUCCCACCGCCGCCCAUGCAGCAAAGCCAGCCGGAGCCCAAUCCCUUGCCCACCAGCUGCUCACCGAGUACCUCGUCGUUUGUGCGUCUCGAGCCUAGUGCCCUUGAUGCGGCCGUUGCUAUUGUCCCAACUACCUCGACCCUGACUGCGACGUCAGCAUCCUCCUGCUCGCCGUCUUCAAAGCAAACAGCUGCUUCUGCGGUGCGUAAGCAGCGCAAGAUGAAGGCGAGUACGGUGGGCGGCACUGGGGAACCGACCGCAGCCCCGGAGGCAAAGCGACGAGUCAGUGGCAUUGAUCGUGAACUGCAGCUGACCAGCGAGCAUCUAUAUCGCGAAGAGACACGUGUCCUCACCGACAUGGGUGGACUCUUCUACGCGGGAGUGAUGAAGCCACUUCGACCACCGGACGUAUACUCGAUCACACUGGAUGGGGAGCGCGGCAACAAGUCGCACGUUAUGUCGCGCGAGGAUAUACUCAAGGAUACGAUUCUCGAGGUGGCGCCAAAGAGCGUAGAGAGCGUGCCCGUGGGUACGCGUCUGUGUGCUUAUUGGAGCCAGCAAUACCGAUGUCUCUACCCGGGCCGUGCCAUCGACACGGAGCAGGCUGAGGAUGGAACGACCAGCAACAGCAACAAUACGGCAGCAAAUACGGCGACUACGUCGCCGGACUUUGUUAGCGUGGAGUUCGAUGACGGCGACAGCGGCAGGAUCCGCUUGCAGAACAUCCGGCUGCUCCUGAGUGACUAUCCCAUAGCAGAGUACAACGAUAAUCCCCUCUACUCAGUAGGCAAGCAGAAGCGCAGCGCUCUGCGCGGUGCUGAGUGUGGUCCUGGCGGACCCUCGCAGGAGCAUCUAAGCGUGCCCGGCUGCGAGGACUCGCACAGCCACCACAGCCUGGGGAUGAGUAGCGACAACACUACUUCGCUGGCCGCCACCAUGGAGCUGUUCACGCAACGCAGUGAAAAGAAGCGCCUGAAGAAGAGCCUCAAGAAGAUGUCCAAGUCGCAGAACGGCGUCAGUUCGGCCACGGCUGCCAAUGGCGGGACAGACGCAGCUCCGUCCGGUGAAGUGUGUGCGGGUGCAGAUGAUGCCGCCCGCAAACAUCACAAGCACAAGAAGCGCAAGAAGCACAAGAAGCAUCAUCGCAAGAAUGGUAGCGAGGAGCCAGAGCCACAGGUGCAAGUGCAGGUGCAGAUACAGCAGGAACAGCAAGAGGCUCCGCCAACAGCACCGGCGCCGACAGCGAAUCGAGUUAAAAUGGAGAUCAAAGUCAAGUCAGAGCAGCUAGAAAUGGAGGAGGAGACUGCAUCCAAUCUCAUGUCAGAGAUAUCCGAUGAGGCCAAGGGUGAGGAUCUGGUCGAGCAUAACAACUCCAAGGGCAGCAGCAAGAUAGCUGCCUUCCUGCCGGAGCGGCAGCUUUGGGGUUGGCAUGGCACCGCCUAUCGUAAGGCGGGCGUCAAGGGGCGCGCCAGAAAGCAAUUUUACAAAACAAUCAAAAGGGGAAAGGAGACUAUCACGGUCGGGGACAGUGCAGUAUUUCUAUCAACGGGCAGACCAGACCGACCAUAUAUCGGUCGCAUUGAGUCCAUGUGGGAGACCACAACGGGUAACAAAGUGGUGCGUGUGGCGUGGUUCUAUCAUCCGGAAGAGACGACGGGCUGCCCAAAGCUAAGAUAUCCGGGUGCUCUGUUUGAAUCGCCGCAUGAGGAUGAAAACGAUGUGCAGACAAUUUCGCAUCGGUGCGAAGUGCUGCAGUUUGGCAGUUACUUUGACAAAUUCGGUGCCGAUUCGAAGCAAUAUCAAUCCAUAUACGAUAACAAUGAUACAUAUUAUUUAGCCGGGCACUAUAACCCAAGGUUGCAAGUGCUGAAACUACAAGACGAUAUUCCAACUCUCGAAGAGCUGCAGGAUACAAAUACUACUACUACUACAACAACUACUACCGAGGAUUAAGCGAAACGUGGCGUGGAUAGGCAUAGUCGUGUUUAGGCAUAGUGCAUACAAAUCUAUAUAUAUACAA